AUGAUGUUCAUCAACGCAUCCCUCAGUCAAUUACAAUCGGCACUGGUUAGUGACCGGAACCUGGUGAAGGCAUUUGACUUGCACACAUUAGCGUUCAGCAAAGCAUUAGUCGAAGGAAGUCGGCAGGAUAAUAAAGAGAGCAUCUCAUUUGAGCCAGAGCAGAGGUGUGCACCCGGAAAAGAAUCAACUGCCCAUUACGGAGCAAUUGUUUGCGGCGGUUGCAAAAUCUUCUUUGCGCGUACAGUCACCAGUGGAAAGGGCUACGUGUGCGAGAAAGGAGGGAAAUGCAGUAUAACAGGCAAAUAUGGGAAACGGUCGAAAUGUAGAGCGUGUCGUUUUCAAAUGUGCUUGCUAGCAAAAAUGUCACCUCACGCAGUAGGAAAAACACGAGAGGAGCGUGUAAACGAAUACAUCGAACCGGUUAAAAUAGAAGAAGAAGAGCCGAUUGUUGGAUAUUAUGACGAGGCUGACGUAUUGAAUGAAGAGAACUUAUCGACCAAUAUAUUUAAUCUUUUGCACACUGAGCCGGUUACUGCUGCCCAAUAUUUGGUAAAUUUGGAACUGUCGAUCACAAACCAAAAGGGUAUGUGUUAUGCGGAAAAUUUUUCGAAGGAAUGCGAUGGUUCGAUGGGAAUCGAUACAGCAUUCUACUUCGCCAUGUCCAUUACAGCAAACUUACCGAUUGACUACAUUCUUGAACAAUGCUGCGAUCAUCCUCUCGAGAAUUUUAGAUUAACAUGGUUACGUUGCCAUAUUGAAUAUUGCGCAGCAAUCGAAGAUGUGGCGCUUCUCGAGGAGUCGGAAAAGUUCCGACUUGUCACAACCAGCAUGAUGCCCUGUGUUCUGCUUGUUAUGGGUGCUUCGAUGAUUCGAGUGAUGGAAAAAAGGAAGGAAACGGAUCCGAAAGCUUCAAUUCGCGAAUGUGUCGCACAAGUGACAGCAUUCUCGGAUUUUGCAAAAAUCGCUAUCGACAAGUUCACAGUGAAUGUAUUCGAAGAACUAUUAGAUAUGAAUAUGACGAAGGAAGAGUUCGUCAUCCUUAAAAUAUAUACAUUAUUCAACGGUCGAGGACAAGAAGAGAAUAACACAAUACUCGAGUUUCGAUCAAAGUAUGCAGAUUUGCUUCGAAGGUUUCUCAAUGCGACGAUCACCGAUGAAGAGAUUCGAAUGAAAAGACUCGAGAGGAUAUUAAAUCUAUUUUACUCAUUACGGAUAACAUCAGCUGCAUAUGACAACUGGUGGGCUGAGAUUUUCUCAGGAAAUGUUUGCGGGUUACAAGAGAAGCUCAUAUACGACUUUUCCAUAUCAAAUAUUGAUCCAACUUUGUGCCAAUUUCUAAAACAGGAAACAAAUUCUGAGAACGAGGUUUAA